UUUCAAUACUGUAUAAAUGUGCGAAUUGAAAUCGAAAGCCAUGGUGCAGCAUUGGAGACAAUGUCCCUUUAAAGCUGCCUGGGACUGACUCCACCUCCUCGUUUAUACUUCCUGUAUACUCCUGUGACCGAGCUUCUGUGGUCACCAGGGAUUCUGAGGUGUUGGUGCAGCUUCCCUGAAAUUGGGAAGUUUAAUUAAAUUCCUUUGCGACGAUAGAAAAUGGACACGAUGGUAGAGGUUCAAUCGGACUUCCAGAGACAAUUCCAGGUGGCUGUUUCUGUCAUCCAGGCCCUGCCAAAAAAAGGUUCUUACCAGCCGUCCCAUGAGAAGAUGCUGAAGUUUUACAGUUACUACAAACAGGCAACUGUUGGCCCCUGUACCAUCAGCAGGCCUGGCUUCUGGGACCCUGUUGGACGCAUAAAAUGGGAUGCUUGGAAAGCUCUCGGGAACAUGUCAAAAAGAGAAGCCAUGACAAACUACGUGGAAGAGAUUAAAACAUCUGCAGGGGAGGCUGUGGAUAAGAUGGCCGGAGAUGAAAAUGCGGAGCAGCACUUCCUCCUGUUCAAACCGCUGUACGAAGUUGUGGAGGAUAUGCCUCGGCCGCCUGGCUUUCACCUGAAGAAAGUACCGGUAAAGAUGGUCCGAUUUCAAGAGGAUGUCGGGAAAGAUGAUACCAGUGACAACGUGUCAUAUCUAACGGAAGAUGACCAUUCGCAAGGUGAAGAUCUUGAUGCAGAUGUGCAGAUCUUUCAGCUGGAAAGUACCAAGGAACUUGUAAACACCAUGCAACCUCUUGAGAGUUCCCACGAGCUUCAGAUGGCUACACAUGUGACAAACGGCAGUAACUGGAAUUCCACAGUGGAUGUAAUUGAUGCCAAUCAUCCCACGAGUGACUCUGAGAGCGAGGUGUUCUGCGAUUCUGUAGAAGAUCUGGGCCUUGAAAAGAUGUUGGAGAAUCACAGCAGCAGUAUGAUCGCCACGUGUUCUCAAGAUUCUUCCCCUUCACGAGACAUGGCACCCCCUCCACUGGUCCACUGUGUCACAUUGCCUCCCGGUUUGCCAGCUGGGUACCAGCCCACAGCUGACGAUUUACAUCAAUGCCAACAUUCAUGGAGCAAUGGCAAUGGAGAGCAUGCAUUAGUUGUGGGAAGUCGGAAGAAAGGAAAAACAGCAUUUGCAACCCAUUCCUUGGAACCUGAAGAGCUAACCAAGGAGAAUGGCUUGCAGCAGGUUGAAGGUUGGUCCUCGCACAGACUGAGAAAUGGCCUUGUCCACAGCAUGGAGGACAACAAAAGACGGACACACGGAGAGAUGGGUGCAGCUAGUCUCGGUGACAAGGUUGGGAUGGUUCUUGUUCACCUGCAGGAAGAUAUGCAGAACGUCUUACGGCGACUCGGACAUCUUGAAAACCUGGCAACAUCUCAGAUGGAAGCAACUGAGUUGCAACCUUCAUGCUUGAAAAUGACUCUGUUUAAGAGAACUUCCAGGUGGCUGUUCAGCCCAUCCAGACGCACCCUGAUCUUUCUGGUUUUGUGGCCCUUCGUUGCUCAGUGGAUUGUCCAUGUCUUCCUGCGCAGGAGGAGGAGCUGAGAAACCAUGGUACGUGUCUGCAAGCCGCCUUUAGUUUAGUGAUACAGCGUGGAAACAGGCCCUUCGGCCCACCGAGUCCGUGCCGAACAGUGAUCCCCACACGCUAUCACUUUCCUGCACAUACUAGAGACAAUUUACAAUUAUACCCAGCUAAUUUACCAACAAGACCCGUACAUUUUUCGAGUGUGGGAAGAAAUUGGAGAAAACCCACGCUGGUCACGAGGAGAAUGUGCGAACUCUGUACAGACAGCACCCGUAGUCAGGAUCGAAUCCCGGGUCUCUGGCGCUGUAAGGCAACUAAUCCACCACUGUGCCAUCUUCUAGAAGUCAGCUUCCUAGUAUUCAUCUGACCUGUAUGAGUGCCUCCAUGUACUACACUUUUGCAUUAUGCCUUUAAGAUGUAUUUGCUUUGGCAAUCCGAACCUUUGUAGGGAAAGCAUGGCAAUGUGAGUGCUACAUAUUGAUUUUAUUCACACUCAAGUCUGACCUAAAAUAACCAUAACUUGCAGAAAAAAAAGUUGAGACUUAAGGAACUGCAAAUAUUGAGUUGCAAUAAAAAAAAAACAGUGCUGGAUUAACUCAGCAGGUCAGACACCAUCUGUGGAGGGAAAUGGACCGGCAACGUUUUGGGUCUGGACCGUUCUUUAGAAAACAAAUAGUUGUCUGGCAUUGCCCUGUAAUAACAGUGACACAUUCGGUAGAUGGCUUUUUGAAUGAAAGAUAGAGCAUGGAAAUGGGCCCUUCGGCCCAUCGGAUCCACACCACCCAUCGAUCACCUAUUCACACUAUGUUAUCCCACUCUUAUAUUCACUCCCUACUUAUACUGCCUCGGCAAGGCCACCACCAUAAACAAGGGUAAGUCUCACCUCGGACACUCCCUCUUCUCCCCUCCCACCAGGAAAGAGGUACAGAUGUGUGAAAGCACAUUCUUCUGGAUUUGGGGACAGUUUCUUCCCAACUGACUUAUCAGGCAACUGAACCAUCCUAUGACUACAAAUACAGAGAUGUCCUGAUCUACCUCAUUGGAGACCCUCGGGCUAUCUUUAAUCGGACUUCGCUGGAAUUUAUUUUACACUAAACAUUAUUUAUUUUAUCCUGUAUCUGUGCACUGUGGAUGGCGUGUUUGUAAUCAUGAAUAGUCUUUCCGCUGAUUGGAUAGCACGCAACAAAAAAGCUUGUCACUGUGCCUCGGUGCACGUGACAAUAAACUAAACUGAACUAUAAACUAGGAGCAAUUUACAGAGGCCAAUUAAACCAACAAACCCGCAGAGCUCUGGGCCUGUUGUUUACAUUAUAGCUGUCAAUCUCCCUUGCCCACGAUGAGGCCUUUAAGCUGUUGUUGCCAAGUUGUGAAUGCUGGCCAGAGUCACACCCCCUCUAUCCGACCGCUCCAACUGGGAUCAAUACAAAACCCGGAGCUACACAGCAAGGAAAAGAUUUGCAGACUCUCCUAAUGUGGGUAUUUCUUAGCAGUGGAAUCGGACUCUCCCAUGUGUUUUGAAGAAUUUCCAGAUCUCUAUUUCAAUCUAUUGAGGCGGUCAUUAAGCCUAAGCAGCUGAGUUUUAUGAAAUCCACCCUCC